GCUCCCUCUCGCUCCUUACACCAAAGACAUGCUUGUCGCUCUCUCUAUAUUAGCCCUGUCGCUCUCUUUCCUGGUUUACCAGCGCCCACCGCCGAUAUGGCUUGCGUUCAUUACCCGUCUCCAGAUGCCAGGAGCGCGCACGAUACCUGAACAGUCGCAGGAUAGCCAAAAGGACGACCCCUCGGCAGAAAGAGAAUGCCACCAGCGAGAAUCGCCGUUAAACGAUGAAACGGUUAAUGCUACUGUCAGAAGCCCAUCGCCAGAUUCGACGCCCAAAGCGGUGCCCAAGUCUGACGAUACUGCACCUCCUGUGCCAUCCUUCACGCUCAACGAGCACGACGACUCCGACGAAGAUGAGGAACAAGUUAACCUGCCACCACCGUCGUUUCCCGCCAUCAACUCUGCACAAAGGGCCUCGCAAGCGCCUGUCCAAUCUGCCAUGCCUCCACCCAGCAAGCCGACCCUCAUGGCACCGCCUCCCAAACCCACGGCGUCUCUGAUGCCACCCCCACAAGUCGCCGCCUCGAGUCUACGCCCCCUCCCCAACACGUCGUCCUCGCAGUCGAUGCGCGUACCCACCACGGGCCCUCUUCCCAACCGCGGACCGCUUCCGAAUCGGGGCCCACCGACCUCAAACGGAGGGCUCGGAGUGCCACCGAGCGCCAGUCCCGCCACCAAGACGCCAAACCCACGCGGCAAAGUGCUCCUGUCGCCAGGCCACUCGCCGCUUGAUUGGGCGCACCUGCAGAAAUCAGGCAAAAACCUGUCUGGCGUCGACUCGAUGAUUCGCGUCACGCCCGCCUUGCUGAAGCAGAUGAAUGGUCGCAAGGGCAAGCCCGCCUGGUCGUGCUACCAGGGUAAAGUAUACAAUAUCUCGCCCUACUUGCCGUUUCACCCCGGCGGCGAGGGUGAGCUGCGCCGUGCCGCAGGCAAAGACGGGACAAAACUCUUCAUGGAAGUGCAUCCGUGGGUCAACUGGGAGAACAUGCUGGGUGAGUGCAUGGUGGGCAUCAUGGUGAGUGAGGAGCACGUAUCCAAGCCGCCAGGAGCCGACUUGGAAGAUAUGGAUUGAGAUUUGAUACCCCCCCCCUUCGAUAGACGAGAAAUGCAUUGUGUGGAGUUUGGUGGUUUCAUAUUGUAAGCUUCCUUGCGCUUUGCGUGUUGGUGUCAUGCUCCCGUUUUUUCUUCAUUUGGCUGGACUGAGACGUGGCCGGCUUUUGGUCAUCGGCCCUUGUGCUCAAGAUGGUAAUAGAUGCGAGUGGUUGAGAGAAUGUAUCGU